UGUUGGGCUACUUUUUGCGGGCCGGGGCUGGGUUGGCUGCCAGCUGGGUGAAUGUCGUGAACAGUCGCCGAGUUGGGUUGGCUCCAGCCUCCCGCACGAACGAUAACUGGUUGGAGGUCUCGCUCGGUAGUUUGAGUCGUUGCGGUGGAAUAAGACUGCGAGAGAUGAAAUGAGGAAUUACCAAAUGAGCAAGACAGGAUGCAACAAACCGCAGAGCAGAAUGCCAAGUGAAACAAAAGAGACUGCUUCUUCUGGUUCCUCCUCGACUCUCAGCGGACUCAACUAACUAGCAGCUAAACCGGCUAACGUUAGCAGACUUAACGCUGGCUAACCUACUUUACGGAUUGACUGUAUGAGGUGGAUUCCCCUGCGUGUUUACACUUUGAAGCAUCCUCUCUCUCCUGUCCGCUGUCCGUGGAUCUCAUUGACAUUUGCUCCCCAUGGCAGCAGUGGUUAGCUACACUCCACCAUGGUGGGUGAACCUGCUGCACAGACUUCCACAUUUCAACUUAAGGUUCGAGCAAACGAGCAGUGACUUCAGACCAGAAGACUGGACGUAUCAACAGUCAAUCCUGUUACUGGGAGGUGUGGCGCUUGCCUGUCUGGCUCUGGACCUCCUCUUCCUGCUCUUCUAUUCCAUUUGGCUGUGCUGCCGGCGGAACAAAAACGAGGAGCAGCCCAACGCCGACUGUUGCUGCACAGCUUGGUGUGUCAUUAUUGCAACGCUUGUCUGUAGCGCUGGUAUUGCCGUCGGUUUCUAUGGGAACGGCGAGACUUGUGAUGGAGUGAAUCGAAUGACGUAUUCUCUCCGCCAUGCUAACCGCACGAUCACUGGAGUGCAGAAGUUGGUCUAUGACAGUACUUCCUCACUGAACCAGACAGUUGAUGACAAUCUGCAACAGCUUGAGGGGCAGUAUGCACAGCAUGCAGACUACCUGUCCAUCAUCCAAAAGCUGCAGGGCCAGCUGGAUGAGCUGGUCAGACAGAUGGUGGAGAUUCCCUUCUGGGAAAACUCCAACAUCUCCCUGGAUGAGUUUGCUGGCAAGAUUGAGCUUUUUGACUGGUACAGGUGGCUGGGCUACAUAACCCUGCUUCUGUUCGAUGUCCUCAUCUGCCUUCUGGUGCUGUUUGGCCUCAUUCGCAACUCCAAAGGAACACUCAUAGCGGUGUGCCUAUUUGGUGUAGUGGCUCUGGUAAUCAGCUGGGUCUCCCUGGGGCUGGAGUUUGCUGUCUCUGCUACCACCAGUGACUUUUGUGCAUCUCCUGAUACGUAUGUUACUGAAGUGACAAAGCAAUAUCAAGUCAUCAAUAAAGAAACCCUUCAGUACUACCUUAGUUGCAGUUUGGAGCAGAGCAAUCCCUUCCAGCAGAGGCUUUCCGGGAGCCACAAAGCAUUAGUGGAAAUGCAGGAUGAUGUGUUUGAACUGCUUCGAUCUGCCACCAGAGAGUAUAUACAAACCAAGGGACGCUUGGAAGAGAUCCAGGGGAUACUGAACACCACAGAGAUCAGCCUACAUCAGCUCACUGCAUUGGUGGACUGUCGCAGCCUGCACAUGGACUACGUCCAGGCCAUGACGGGACUUUGUUAUGAUGGACUUGAGGGUCUCAUCUACCUCGUGCUCUUCUCCUUCGUCACUGCUCUCAUGUUCAGCUCCAUUGUGUGCAGUGUGCCACACACCUGGAGAGGCAAGCGGAGCGAGGAGGACAGUGAGGACGAGUCUCUGAGCCAUGGAGGGAGGCAGAACAAUGAUAAUUUGUACCGGGUUCACAUGCCGAGCCUGUACAGCUGUGGUAGCAGCUAUGGUAGCGAGACCUCCAUCCCUGCUGCAGCCCACACCGUCAGCAACGCACCCGUCACAGAGUACAUGGCUCAGAAUGCCAACUUCCCUAAUUCUCGCUGUGAAAACACACCACUGAUAGGACGAGAGUCUCCUCCACCUUCGUACACCUCCAGCAUGCGGGCAAAGUACCUCGCCAACAGUCGACCAGAUCCCAAUAGUCGACCAGAUCCCAACAACACUCCAGCGCAUUAGACCCCGACAGGCUCAUCUGGUCUGCAGCACUGAUGCCACUGAAGUCACUCAGAAAGCCACUCCAUCAUCUUUUUUUUUUUUUUCCCAUAGAUAAUUUUCUCUCAGUCUCUUGCUUCUUGCUGCCUGACUUGACUUAAUAUAUGAAACCAAAUGUGCUUUCGCUGGCUGGUUGAAGCAGAGCUUUGGGACAUCCAUCAAAUCUCAUCUCAUGAGCUGUGAGUGCAGGAACUUGUCUACAUGUCCUCAGCUUACGUUUACUACUGCACGAAUCAUCAUUGGUGCUGGGAAAUUAACUCUGAUAUGAUGGUGCCAGGGCUGACUUUGAAUCUUUCUUUUCUUUUCUUUUUUUUUUUGUCUUUAUGAAUGCACCAUGACACGUACCAGUCACAUCUAACAAGCAUUGCUGUGUCAAGGACUCUGGAAGUGCUCAUAGACUAACAUUGAUUACUACUGGUUGUUUUGAUUUGUAAAGUACUGUACCAUACUCAGAGAGGAAUACAUUGCACAUUCAUACAAACUUUUUUUUUAGUUCAUGUUUUUUUUUUGUCUCCUCUAAAGCAUAACAUACAGGAAAGAAGAAAAAAAAAACUUUUUUUCUCAGUUCCUCAGCACUGCUUUCUGCUUACUGGCUUAAAAGUACAAGGUAUUGUUAUUUUUAAUGUGUACACGUGACACAUGCACCACACACUUGGAUUUCUCUGGCAUUGGCAUGCUGUUGCAUUUUUGUCUUAAACCUGAUUUCUGGAAACCGUUUUCCUGCAGUAUUGCACGUCUUAUAGAAACUUUAUUUUCUUCUUCUUCUCGAAACCCUGUUAUUUCCUGUGGAGUGUGCGUGUUUUGUUUUUUGUUUGUUUUUAGAUGGUGUGUUGAGCCCCUGUUACACAGCCAGGACUGUGUGAAGCUGUGAUUGUGGCUCAUAAUUUGGAUUGGACAAAGAUGAACUGUGUUGUAGGGAAGCAGCAGCAAUUAGUGAGAUGAUUAAUUUUUGUUUUAUAUACUACUGGAAGCAGUAAAAAAGCAGACACUUUUAACAAUCUCUCUCUCUCUCUCUCUCUCUCUCUCUCUCUCUCUCUCUCUCUCUCUCUCUCUCUCUCUCUCUCUCUCUCUCUCUCUCUCUCUCUCUCUCUCUCUCUCUCUCUCUCUCUCUCUCUCUCUCUCUCUCUCUCUAUCUAUCUAUCUAUAAAAUAUGAAUAUGAGAGAGAGAUUUUUUUUAUAUUCCUUUUAAUUUUCUUUCCCCUUACACACUUCAGAAGUAGUAUGCAUUAAUCUUGUUCCUGUUAAAUAAAAUCAUGUGCUCCCUUAGCAAAACUGGGACUUGUCCACACACAUCUAUAUCCGAUGAUACCCUUCCCUGCAAAAUGACACCGCUUCCUCCUCCCAGUGACUAACCCUCUUAAUCCAAAUGUGUAUAUAAAAAGAAAAUAUGCAUAUCUCAACAGAAAUUUCAGGAGAAGCUCCGUGCAUAGGCAGUGCAGUGUUUCUCAAAUGUGUUUUAGCAUUUAUAAUCAAAAACGGUUACGGGUGAGUGGAUGCUGUGAAGGGAUUGCAACAACUGUGCUCUCUGUACAAUCUGAAAAUUCUUUGCUACGUUUCCUGUUGAAGCAUGACAAACUUUGCAACGUGCAGUGAGAUGUUUGUACUUCUGCUUCCUCAGCUCGCUUCUUAGAUGUGCUUCGUGAUCAGUACAAGAGGUGAUGUUGAGACUGUGCCAACAAGUUAAGCACAACCCUUACUGUUUUUUGUUUUUUUUGUUGUUGUUUUUUUUUUUUUAAAUCUCUUUACUUAAAGUCUGUUGAGAAAAUGAGCCUGACUGGUUCGAACCACCUAUAUUCUGUUAAAUGUUAUUACACUGAUGCAGUUUUUCUCCUUUGGAUAGUCAUACUCUUUGUUUUGUAAUGCAAUGCUAUUAUACUGGUUAUAAACUAUUACAAAAUGAAGAAAAAAUUUGUGAAAUUGAAAUUUUAAUUUCUUUAAUUUCUACAUUUUUAAACAACUUUUUUUCUAUUGGGUUUGCUAGUUUAUUGUUUUUAGUUUAGAUUUGUAGAAGCACCGUGUGUUACUUCAUUAAUGUGAAUAUGGUAAAUAGAUUUAAAAUUUUCAUUAAAAUUUUUGUGGAGGAAAAAAAAUCACUGUAGAUGUAACCUUUUUAUAUAUGCAUAUAUAGAUAUAUAUGCAACGUGUACAUGUAAACACUGUGGUCAUCUUGAGGUUGAAUGCUGUGUUUCAAAAUUAAAGAAACCUUAAAUGUAGUGCAAUAGGUCAUCGCACUUCUUUGUGCUGUUGAGACUGAAAAUCCCUCCUGACAUCCAGUAGGUAGCAGCAAAACUUCACUGUAGUUCUUAGAGACAAUUGUUCAACUGCUCAAAUAUUUAAUCAGCCAGUUACAUGGCAGCGACUCAAUGCAUUUAGGCACGCAGAUACGGUCAAGACGAUCUGCUGAAGUACAAACCAAGCUUCAGAAUGGGGAAGAAAGGUGACUUAACAGACUGUUGCGUGGUUGUUGGGGCCAGUCUGAUAAUCUUAUAGAUUAACGUACAAGAUUUUCUCACACGAUCAUCUCUAACGUUUACAGAGAAUAGUUUGAAACUGAGAAAAUAUCCAGUGAACAGCAGUUCACCAAAUUCCUUGUUGAUGCCAGAGGUCAGAGAAGCAAAGUCAGACUACUUAAAGCUGAUAGGAAGGCAACGGUAACUUAUUACAACUAAGGUUUAGAGUGCAACUGAGGUAUGCACUCUCUGAACACUCAACAUAUGUAACCUUGAAGCAGAAGAUUACAGCAGCAGAGGAUCACACCAGGUAGGAAACUGAGCCUACAAUUUGCACAAGCUCACCAAACUUGAACAAUAAA